AUGCUAACUUGGUAGUCAUUAUUGUAGGUGAAAUUUAUCAAGAGCAAGUAUCCACUCCAAUCGUCCCCAAGGUUGAUGACAUAUGCUUCUUACUUAUCUUCUAGGAUCUCUAUGGUUCGAUCAAACUGUCCAUCUACUAAAAGCUAAAAGUCGUACUUAGAUGAAUCGUGCAGCCAAGGCGUCCUAGGAUGUCCACCACUAGUGAGACAUGAACUGCAGGCCUAUGUGAGGAUAAUAUUACGUUUCAAACAUUUUUGACAAAACUAAAAAGGUGGAAAGUAGAUGGCCGCGAAGUGUUCAAUGGUGCAUGAUGAUGUGUACGAUCUGAAGAAGAGGGAGGAUUUGGAUAGUUGGACGAUUGAUCAAUUGGAUGAUGCUUCAACACGCCUAGUACGCGUAGAGUUAUUUCUCCGGAAACUUGAGGAGGUUCACCCUAAGAACACGAUAUCUGCACAACUAGGGGCCCUAUUUGUAAAAGCUCAUAAAGGCUUUUCUGAGAUACCUCCUCACAUAAAGGAUCAACAUCGAAGGCGUUACACCAUCAGAACAUUAAUCUCAGAUGUGCUUGGAAAAUUUAAACUGGUUAACACAGCUGAGCCACUCAAAGCUUCAGAAGCGUCAAGAUCAACUAGCCAAAUAAUUUCAGAUGUGCUGGAAAUAAUUAAACUGGAGAAUAUUGCUAAGCGAAUGGAAGCUUCAAAGCCAUCAAGAUCAUCUUGCCGAAUCUCUACGGAGAUGGUGAGGUUUGUCAGAACUGUGCUUGAUUGUACAGCGUCGUGCCUCUAUCGUGUACACCAUCGUGCCCCCGAGUCUGUGCUUAAAAAGAAGCUGCCAUAUCUACGUGUCUUCUUAACGUUAACUGCUGAGCGGUGCAUUGAGCAUGAAAGUAUGAAGGAUUUCUUCACCCAUGUUGAGGAUGUAGCUUACACUGCAGCAAACCUUUGUUUGUCAGAGUUUGAUUCCAAUAGGGAUUCCAAGUUCUCUAAAUUGCUGAAAAGGAUAAGUCCCUUUAGGCCUAAAAUAAAGCAGAUUUAUCUGAGUGUCUUGAUAGGGUCAAAGUCAUCAAGAUCAGAGACUACAAUGAAUGCCAAUUAUAUGUCUGAUUUUCUUAAAGCUCUCCAAGAGGAUCUGCAAGAGUUACUAAACCAUGAUGCCAGGUUGAAAAUUGCCUUUGAUGAUCCAAUUCCGUGGCUACAACAGGGACUUUCUUACCUUUCUGGAUUUCUACUGAACAUAGCAUCAAAAUGCACUCCACUCAAAGAACUCAAUUCUCUUCAAUCACAUGUCGAAGCUCUGGCCAUUGAGACAGCAAUUCUGAUCUACUCCUCCUAUGAUGAGGAGAUGGAUAAGACUACUGAAAUAGACCAUGUGCUUUUUCAUUUGCAGCCUAAGUUUAACCAUGUCAAGAUAGAAGUCGAUCUCAUUCAGCUACUAAACUGUCAAGCCACCAUAAUAGCUCCUCUAAAAGAUCUUACUGACUAUGUAUGGGGAGAACUGAUAUACUUGGGAACUUUUAUCAUGGAUUCAUUGGAGCAGUGCAAAGAGCAUACUAAGAUAGCUGAUUUUGUGACCCUUAUUCAAUCUGUGACCAGCCAAGCAUGUUCGGUCAUUAAUUCUCUUUUUCAUUACUCAGAGCAAGAAGACUUGGCCAGGGAAAUUAACUACUCGCAUUUUCAAUUGCUUCUUAAGUUCAAGUUUAUUAAGGCAGCGAUUGCACAGAUGUGUUCCAACAUUUCUGCAUCAUCAACACUGGACCACCCUACAAUCGAUCUGUGGAACUUUCUUCCUAUUAACUUUGAGAUCAUUGAUUCCUAUUUCAACAUGCUAAAAUCCUCAAAGAUAUCAUCCUCAUAUGUCCCCACAGUUGAUGAGGUUUUUAUGGGGUUUCAUGAAUAUGUUUUUGGCAAUCUACUCCUGAAGGAUGAAACUUAUUUGACAGUUACUGUUGGAAAUGAGGUUAAAAAGUUUUUCUAUGGGUUGUUGCUCCUAGUAACAUAUCUUUUUGAUCCUCUAGCUCAGAGUAUUGGAUGCAUGAAGCAGAAUGAUCUCUUGACAGGAUUUGGAACUACUGUAAUUGAGGCUGAAUCCGCUAUCUGUUUAAAUUAUCAAGAUGUUGCGGAUAGCAUCAAAAGUGGAAAGGUCAAUCUCGUUCUUCAGUUUUUGACUAUUGCUUUCAAGCUUAUUGAGUCUGAGGGAAUUUUGACAGAUAUACUGAAGCACAAAGCCACUUUGAAAGCUCAAAUUUUUGAUCUGAUUGAAAGUGCUCAUGAAGAGCUUAUUUCCGUUAGAGCUUUUCUCAUGGAUGUUUUUGCGCAACACACAAAGCUUAAUGAAUUGCAUGAUCUCUUAAUGCGUGCUGAAGUGACUGCCCACAAGUUAGUGCAAAUCAGUAGUUCUUGUUAUGAAAGUUUCAUGGACGGAAGAAGCAUUGAGAAAAUGAGGCUUUCGUUAUCUGAUUUGCAACAAGAGAUUGAGUCUGUCAAAGUAGACUUCAGAAUAAUAUGCUUUCAACUUAUGGAUGCAUCACCUUGCAACAUGACAGAUGGAGAAGGCCUUAUUAAUUUCUUAGUAAGCCACCAGGACUGGCUGCUCAAGUGUGAUGCUUGUUCAAUCCCUUUUCUGAAGAAUCAGAUCCCAAUAGUCAUAGGCGAACUAGUAUAUUUGGGCUCUUUUCUUGCAGAUAUCAUACAGUAUCUCGAUAUGCAUCAAGAGCUCAAAGACCUCGUGAAGCGUGUUCAAGAUAGAAAGUAUGUUUGUCUCUUCCCCAUCAGGGAUUAUAUCCCUGCUUGUUAUUAUAUGUUAUAUCUCUCUGAUAUCAAGCAAUUGCUCAAGUUUGUUGAGGCAGAGGUCAAAACUAUUUGUCUAGAAGUUCCAGAUUCUUCAAGUUAUAGCUUUCCCACGACAAACGGAUUAGGAUUUCUAAGUUGUUUCUUAGACAAAUUGGAUGAGCUGUUAAAUUCUAAACUGGAUCCAAUUAUCGACUUAAAGCUUCACAUUCGAUUAGUCAAGAAGGGCUUAUUGUGUCUGAGAUCGUUGACUGAUCAUUUCACAGAAAGUAAUGAUGAGCAUGAUGAAGUUUAUAGUCUUAUAACAAGUGUUACUGAAGUGGCAUACAAGGCAGAGUAUGUCAUUGACUCGUGCUUGACCUUUUCUCAUCCACUUUGGUACAAAGUUCUUUUGAUUUCUGAAGUUGUUGAGAAUAUUAAGCUUGUAAAUAAAGAAGUUAGUGAGACUUGUGAAAGAGAGAAGAAUGAUGAGAUAGUGCCCGAAGUUGCAAAGACCUCCACUAAUAUUUUGCCAUCUUUAUCUGCUAAUACUUCAACAGCAAAUAAAGAGAUGGAGGGAUUUCAGAAUGCGAUGAACGUAUUAAAGAAUCAGCUAUUGGAAGGAUCACCUCAGUUAGAUGUUAUCUCAUUGGUUGGCGUGCCUGGCAUCGGUAAGACUACUCUUGCCAAAAGGAUUUACAAUGAUCCAAUGGUCACCUCUCACUUUGAUGUCCGUGCUCAAUGUCGUGUGACUCAAGUAUAUUCAUGGAGAGAUUUGUUGCUUACCAUUUUGAAUGAUGUGCUUGAGCCUGUUGAUCGCGAUGAAAAAGAAGAUGGCAGAUUAGCUGAUGAGCUGCAUCGAUUCUUGUUGACCAAGAGAUUCUUGGUUCUCAUUGAUGACGUGUGGGACAAUGAAGUGUGGGACAAUUUCCAUAUGUGCUUCAAAGAUGCUCAGAAUGGAAGUAGAAUUAUUCUAACUACCCAGCUGAAUGACAUUGCAAUUUAUGCUAAGUGUGAAAGUGAACCCCAUCAUCUCCGUUUAUUUAGUGAUGAUGAGAGUUGGACAUUAUUACAGAAAGAGGUGUUUCAAGGGGAGAGCUGUCCACCUGAACUUGUUGAUGUGGGGUUCCGAAUAGCAAAAUGUUGUGGAGGGUUGCCUCUCUUCAUUGUAUUAGUUGCUGGUGUUCUGAAAGAGAAAAAGAAGAAAGCAGAAUUGUGGAAAGAAAUAGAAGAAAGUCUAGGUUCGCAGAAUAUUGGUAGCUUGGAAGAGACCAUGUCUAUUAUUGGCUUCAGUUACAAGAAUUUACCGCACCAUUUGAAACCUUGUUUUCUCUAUUUUGGAGGCUUUUUGAAGGGCAAGGAUAUUCAUGUCUCAAAACUGAUUCGUAUUUGGAUAGCUGAGGGAUUUGUGCAGGCAAAUACGGGAAAAAGACCAGAAGAUGCUGCACAAGGUUACUUAGAAGAUCUUAUUAGUAGAAAUUUAGUGAUGGACGUGGAGAAGAGACGCAAUGGCAAGCUAAAGACAUGCCGCAUUCAUGAUCUGUUGCAUAGAUUCUGCUUAGAAAAGGCCAAAAAAGAGAAUUUCUUUCUCCGUAUUAAUAGAUUCAGUGAAGAGGAUAUAUUUCCCGAAAAGCCUAAGGAAUAUCGGUUGUUUGUUCAUUCUUAUGAGGAUCAGAUUGAUUUGUGGCAGCCAUCUCGCUCAAAUGUUCGCUCGUUACUAUUCAAUGUGAUUAAUCCAGAUAACUUUUUAUGGCCGCGUGAUAUCUCCUUCAUCUUUGACAACUUCAAACUUGUUAAAGUGUUGGAUUUGGAAUCGUUCAACAUUGGCGGUACUUUUCCCAGUGCUAUACAAUCUUUAAUUCAUUUGAGGUACUUCGCUGCUCAAACUAGUGGAAACUCAAUUCCUUCAUCUAUAGCUAAGCUUUGGAAUCUUGAAACUUUUGUGGUUAAAGGAUUGGGAGUGGAGGUGAUAUUACCUAGUUCACUUCUGAAGAUGGUUAAAUUGAGGCAUAUACAUGUAAAGCAUCGUGCUUCAUUUAGUUUAUAUGAGAACAUGGGUGAAUCUCUUGCUAACUCUCAAUUAGAUAAUUUGGAAACCUUUUCCACUCCACGUCUCUCUUAUGGUGAAGAUACAGAGAUGAUAUUGAGAAAGAUGCCAAAAUUGAGAAAGCUGAGUUGCAUAUUUUCGGGAACAUUUGGUUAUUCAAAGAUACUGAAGCGGAGGUCUGUUCUAUUUCCCAGAUUAGAGUUCCUAAACCAUCUUGAAUCCCUCAAGCUUAUCUCUAACAGCUGUCCAGCUAAACUUCCCCAUGUCUUCAGUUUCCCCUCAAGACUAAGGGAAUUGACUUUGUCAAAGUUUCGUCUACCUUGGUACCAAAUCUCGACCAUUGCAGAACUGCCAAACUUGGAGAUUUUAAAGUUACUUCUCAGAGCCUUUGAAGGGGAUGAAUGGGAGGUGAAAGAUUCAGAGUUCCCUGAACUCAAAUACUUAGAGUUGGAUGACCUAAACAUUGCACGAUGGUCUGUCUCCGAGGAUGUUUUUCCUAUGCUUGAGCAUUUGGUUUUAACGAAAUGUAAAAAGCUCAAGGAAAUCCCUUCUCAUUUUGACAACGCUAUAUCUCUAAGAAGAAUUGAAGUAAAUUGGUGCAGCUGGCCCAAUUCAGCACAGGAAAUUCAAAGAACGCAUCAUGAAGACAUGACAAAUGAUGCAUUAACAAUUGCAGUACACCCUCCAGAUUGGACUAGAGGAUCAUCUCCUUGAGUCUUAUCUGUCUCACAGAUUAUAGACAAAAACAUAGCUGGUUAUCUGUGGCAAGGGCUGGUAGUCUCUGUAGCACAGUGGACAAAAAAUGAAAAGUUCCAGUGCCGAGAAUGUAAUCCAGCAUAUCCAAGCGAAGUUUUUGAACUGCAUGAUUACAGGCAACAGAGGACACAUUCUGAUCUUUCAGUCAACUGAACCGUGUGAAGAAUCAGAUCCAGGCACAGCAAAGUGCUUAUGAUUAUAAUCAACUGAACUGUUAGCUUGUUGGGCAAGAAGAGAACUCAAGAAAGAACAGAAUAAGGUAUGGAACACUAUACUAGCAUGCAUUUUGUGGACACAUUGGAAAGAAAGGAAUAAAUGAUGUUUCAAUUGUAAAGAUCAAAACUGCCUGCAUUUUUUUUUCUUGCUUUUCUCCUAGUGUAAAUGAUGCUGAACCGCUUCUAGAUUUUGUUAGUCCUCUGCAUAGCUAGAAGAGAACAUACUUUUGCUUUUCGGAUCACAACACCAUCUUAGUGCUGCUUUACAUCAAUAAAUUUGCACUUACCAUUUCCAAAAAAAAAUUAUUCCAGUUCACUAAGCAUGUUACAACUUACAUGGUAGCUUCGCUAGCUAGUGAACGAAGCGAAGUCAACUAUUCUGUUACACCAACUGUGUUUGCAUAACG